AUGGCUAUGGACAAGGUGGCUCAAAGAGAAAGAGACAAGUUACGGAGUGCUUUCCAUUUAGAACCAUUCUUCUAUCAUGGUAACCCCUCUGAUAUCUUUGGAUCAGUUCAUGCAAAGACAUUAUCAAAAGUACAAACAAUGGAUGACAGCGAAGAAGCUAUUAGAAAAUUGCAAGAAACUUUUGAUAUGGAAAUUAGUAGUGCUCAGGAGGUUUUGUCUAGUUUAAACAUCAAUCAUCUUGCGUUACUCAAUAAACGUGAUAUAUUUUUCCGAAAAAAAAUUGAUCGAGAUGACAUUCCAAAUGAUACAGAAUUAGAAACUUUAAAGCUUAAAAAAAGAGAAUUGGACAUGUUUUAUCCCAUUAAGAAAAAGCCUGUUGGACAAUUCGAGAACCCCAGACAACAUAAAUUGGAUUUAAAGAUUAGAAGAAAUGUGCAGCAAAGUAUUUUUUAUGGCACUACUGUGCUUAAAUAUGGUAAUUAUUAUGAAAAUGAAAUGAAACAUCAUCGAAAUGAUGGAUAUGGAACUUCGAUGCUAGAUGAUAUUGUUGUAACAAUCGUCAUUUGCAAACCACACAACAAAAAUCUCGAAAAUUCAGAAAAGCGAACUGCAUCUUUCAACCCUUACUGGAGAUUUCUUGUUCGCGGUGAGACUACGCUGCUUGAAUUGCAUGGUUUAUUUCGUUGUACUGGAGAUUUUGGUACUGUAGUUGACGUAGGUACCACACCAGAACUUCAUCAGUUUGACAUGUUUCGAUACCCCUCAUCUUUCUUGUUUAUUCAUGACACAUUUUAUAUUGCUCAAAGCUAUGCAGCGUCGGAAGAAACAUUGUCUCAAAUAGAUUGGUCAAAAUUGGAGCCCCAUAUUGAUAUUUCAGAGCCUGUAAGAGCGUGGAUGCAACGGAAAUCUCGAGAUUUUGGUCCCACAAAUGUUAAAACUCUCAAUGAGGGCAAGGUUCGGGAUUUGAUAUGUCGCCUCGGAUAUCCUUAUGUUUAUGUUCAUCAAGGCAAUUGUGAGCAUAUUUUCUUCUUUACCGAUUUACGGCUAGUGGACGCUAGAGAUUACCCUUUUGAUUUCCCUCACAAACUAUCUGACACAAGCUUGGAAAAUUAUUGUAUUACCUGUCACAGGCGGAUUGCGGAUUGGAUUGUGGAAAAUGAAACUUUUCCUGUUAGUCCAGCUCAUAUGUGCAAUAGAUGCUAUCGAAGUUUUCAUUUCGUGUUCUCAUAUCGUCAGGGAUUUGAUUCUAGAGCAUUUGUUUAUGUGGAUCCAUCUCUUCUACAUUACUAA